CAUGACCUUUCCCGGACGCCACUUGUAAAUACGGCUGUACGUGUUGUGAGACACGCUUCCGGUGUGCGGGUGUUGGAGGAGAAGCACUGCAUAGAGGAGGGAGAAGAGUGGGAAUUUCAAAUCCCCAGACCACAGUACUGACUGUGUGGGUACUGCCAGCUCAUCAUCCCUGGAGCGGGAUCCAUAAACAUGGCACUAUUUUAUGGCUUUUCCAUGAGGUUCAGACCCAUUAAUCACCGAAUAUUGUUGUGGACAUGGAAAUCAAGAUUGCAUAGGAGUGCAAGCUUCAUUGGAUGUGGAGAAAAUCCUCAAGCUAUACCUGGAAAUGUAUUUUCACAUUUCACAUCUUUUAAAUACAGGAAUCCACAGUUACUAAGCCAAAAUACAUUCUGUUUAUCUGCUACUGACGCCAAGACUGAUGUGAAUAAAUUUCAAUUGAUCUACAGGUUUCCUGGAAUACGCAUGUGCAAGACUGUUUCCAGACUGAAGAUUUUGCAGACAAUGUUGACUGUUAUGGUCCUUCCACCUAUUUAUUAUUACUAUUUGCAAGGGCAAGUUGCAGAGUUUGUUGUUUUUUAUUUUACUGGAAUAUCUGUGUUUGCUGGUGCUAUGCUGUAUAGCCUUACGUAUUAUUUACAGAGAAUUAUAGGGAUGCUUUAUAUAAACCAAGUAGCAACAACUCUGAAGAUUUCUCACUUGACAUUUUGGGGUAAAAGAAAAGAUAUUUUUUUACCAGUUGAAGAUGUAAAAGCGCUGUCAGAAACUGGAGACCAGAAAGGAGAGGUUCUCUUUCAAGUCAGAAGAUACAGCAGUCCAGAUAUAUUAUACAUAACAACACGCUUUGGCCAGAUUGUGGAUAAAGAAAAGUUUUGUUUUAUAUUUGGAGAAAUAAAAUAAUUCACUUCUCGUUUUAGCAUCUCAAAAGA